UCCUUACGAUCGAUCCCGACUUCCUAGAUGACCUAGAAAUCUUUUUCUUAGCCGACGUAGCUCGGGACUCUAACCUUAACCCUUACAAACUUUUUAAGGAAGUAAUCGUUAAAAAACUAGAAAAAAACGUCUUAGCCACCAUUCAUGACGAAAAGUCCGUCUUUUAUCGCAUUAUCAACCCUGAAGAGAUCCAACAUGAAAAAACCCUGGGUGGAGGCAUGGAAAAGUUUGCUUAUCAUGUAGAGGUCAACAAAUCGGCCGAAGCCGAGAGAGGAAAAAAGUCGGCCAACUACAACAGGACCUCAAAGCCAUUCUUAACGAAUGACAAUGAGAAAAUAAACCUUCAAAAAGAAACGAAAGAAUUCUUAAAGAAAUUCGGACUGAAAAAACUCAGUGAAGUUAAGGAGGAGAGGCAAAUUUUAGAGCAGGACCUUAACACCCUCCAAAACUCCACCGACAUAGCCAUCGUAGAAGGCCUCAAUAAAGAAAUCACCACUUUAAAAAAGCAAAAUGAAGCCCUCACUCUUUUAGCCGAAAAAAGAAAGCAAGAUUUAACCCAAGAACAACAAGCCUUAAUUAACCUAGCCAAGCAAAAACUAGCUAACAAAAAAGCAGCCAAAGAAUUAUUAACCCAAUUAGAGGAAAAAUGA